GCCGACCCUCUGAUUGAAAGACGGCCCUGCUAUCCACUUAGCCACAGUCGCCCCCCGUCAAAAUUUUUCAAAAAUUGUGUCAUAUUUGAGUAGGUUUUUGGUUGGUGAUUAAAAAUGACUAGAUACGUGGAAAGCUAAUAGACACUGACUAAAACACUGUAACACUGUGGUGGUUACCAAACAAAAGACUCCUGGUAGCUAUUGCACCCAUCAUUUAUUUAAGUUCUGCACUUGUUCCCUGCAGAGCUUUCCUCACCGCAUAUCUGUUGUUAUCUGUAAACCACACGCAGCCCACAAGCCUCACAUCUGGAUUCAAACCGUCAGCAGGCAGCAGCAGGUUUAUCGUCUGGUUCACGUUCAACCUUUCAUCGCAGCCGCACUAAAGUCACUCUUUUUCACAAAGCAUCUUAAGUGACGACGCCUCGUUUCAAACAGGAUUGUCACUAAUGCGACAUUACAUUUCACCUUUUGUUUGUGCAGCUUUUCUCUGCUGCGGUCAGUGCCUUGCUCAAAGGCAAAGCACGAACGUUUCUUCUUCCUUCUCUCGACCUCCACUACCUGGACUCUUAAAACCAGGAGCUGUCCAGUGGGCCUGGGCGGUUGGUUCAGGUGUAACCUUUUGGUUUAAGACGGUAUUGAUUUAAAGGCAGAUGCAUCGGGCUGUGUGGUUGCCACAAAGAACAGAAAAGGUCAGGCGGAUGCAACUCUGAAUGAAACAUCUGAACGUUCCGUGUUUCAUUACGUGCUCAUUAAUGAUUUAGUCGAUAUGCUGCACGUCGUGUGGUGGUCCUGUCUCUGACGUUUUUUGCAGCAGUAAACAUUAAUCCUGAUUAAACCUUUUGUUGCCUUUAAUGUAAUUCAUUUUUCAAGCAUAGAAGUUAUGUGACUUCUUUAGAGGAGAUUAGCUCUUCUGCAUUAGAGCCUGAUGUUUGUACUUUUAUGAGAUCCUUCCGGUCACAUUGAUACAGACUUUAUUUCAGUGUUAAAUCAGAAUCAGCUUUAUUGGCUGUGUAUGCGUAGGCUCAUUAAAAUGGAUGAAUACAUCACGUUGACUUUAACUCUCCUGUCCCUGUUGUUCCAUCUGCAGGAUGCGUGAGGACAUGUCCACCAUGGUGUGCAUGAAGGAGGAGGAGGACCCUGGGGAGAAGCUGUCCCAGGACGAGAUCAUCUCCCGGACCAAGCAGGUGAUCCAGGGGCUGGACGCCCUGAAGCAGGAGCACCACUCCAUCCUGGAGGGCCUGCUGGGCACGCUGCGCUGCCUGAAGCAGGACGAGGAGGGCGUCCUGGUGGAGGAGAAGUCCCACAUGAUCCGCAAGUCUCUGGAGAUGCUGGAGCUCGGGCUGAGCGAGGCACAGGUGAUGAUGGCGCUGUCGAGCCACCUGAGCUCGGUGGAGUCGGAGAAGCAGAAGCUUCGGGCUCAGGUGCGCCGGCUCUGCCAGGAGAACCAGUGGCUGAGGGACGAGCUGGCUGGGACGCAGCAGAAACUGCAGAAGAGCGAGCAGAGCGUCGCCCAGCUGGAGGAGGAGAAGAAGCACCUGGAGUUCAUGAACCAGCUGAAGAAGUACGACGAGGACUUGUCCCCAUCGGAGGAGAAGGACUCUGAUUCCAGUAAAGAGACUCUGGACGACCUCUUCCCAGAUGACCAGGACGACCAACCUCCAGGCAUCCAGCCGACUCACGGCAGCGCUGCGGCAGCGGCGGCCCAGCAGGGGGGCUACGAGAUCCCGGCCCGCCUGAGGACCCUCCACAACCUGGUGAUCCAGUACGCCUCCCAGGGCAGGUACGAGGUGGCGGUGCCCCUCUGCAAACAGGCCCUGGAAGACCUGGAGAAGACCUCUGGACACGACCACCCGGACGUGGCCACCAUGCUCAAUAUCCUCGCCCUUGUUUACAGGGAUCAGAACAAAUACAAGGAGGCAGCCAACCUGCUGAACGACGCCCUGGCCAUCAGGGAGAAGACUCUCGGCAGGGACCAUCCAGCUGUCGCCGCCACCCUCAACAACCUGGCCGUCCUGUAUGGGAAGAGAGGGAAGUACAAGGAGGCGGAGCCUCUGUGCAAGAGAGCGCUGGAGAUCAGAGAAAAGGUGCUGGGGAAGGACCACCCAGAUGUGGCCAAGCAGCUGAACAACCUGGCCCUGCUGUGUCAGAACCAGGGCAAGUACGAGGAGGUGGAGUACUACUACAUGAGAGCCCUGGAGAUCUACCAGACCAAACUGGGCCCCGACGACCCCAACGUGGCCAAGACCAAGAACAACCUGGCCUCCUGUUACCUGAAACAGGGCAAGUUCAAGCAGGCUGAAACUCUGUAUAAAGAAAUCCUCACCCGCGCUCACGAGAGGGAGUUCGGCUCUGUUGAUGAUGAGAACAAACCAAUAUGGAUGCAUGCUGAGGAGAGAGAGGAGCAAAGCAAGGGGAAGCAGAAGGACGGCUCACCGUUUGGAGAGUAUGGAGGCUGGUACAAAGCCUGCAAAGUGGACAGCCCCACAGUGACCACCACCCUGAAGAACCUCGGUGCCCUCUACAGGCGGCAGGGCAAGUUCGAGGCGGCCGAGACUCUGGAGGAAGCUGCCAUGCGCUCCAGAAAGCAGGGUCUGGACACUGUGCACAAGCAGCGCGUGGCAGAGGUCCUGAGCGAGCCGGAGGCCCGCGAGAAGCAGCGGAGCCGCGAGAGCUUGACCUCCGACACGGUGAAGUACGAGAGCGGGCCGGACGGUGGCGAGGAAGUGAGUAUGAGCGUGGAGUGGAACGGGGACGGCUCCGGCUCUCUGAAGAGGAGCGGCUCCUUCAGUAAACUGAGAGCGUCGAUCCGUCGCAGCAGCGAGAAACUCGUCCGCAAGCUGAAGGGCGGCGGCUCGUCCCGAGACAGCGAGCCCAAAAACCCCGGCAUGAAGCGAGCCAGCUCUCUGGGGGUUCUUAACGUGGUGGACAAGGCUGCGACCGACCAAGAACGAAAUAAUCGUCUGAGUAAAAGUCGCGACCUGAGUGCCAGUCACACCGACCUGGCGCGUUGAAGGUCGAUUCGACCCUGGAGGAGUUUAGGGGCGGAGCCUGAGAGGUCACUUCCUGUCCAGACCCUCCUGAUUCAGCAUCACACCACCAAGUGCUCACUGUACAGGUUCCUAUAUGUCUCUGCACUUUUUGGGAAAGUUUGUGGUGUUUUGUUUCCUCGAGACACAACAAGAGGAGCAUACAGAGAGCUGUGUGUGUGUGUGUGUGUGUGUGUGUGUGUGUGUGUGUGUACUGUAUGUACUGUUACAUGUGUGCUGGUGGGAGUGAUCUCAAAUCCGUCCUUUUUUUAUAUUCAAUGCUGGCGCUUGAAUGCAGAGUGGAGCUCUUUGUACAAACAUUUCUCUCUCAGCUCGUUGGUCCAGUUAGAAAGUCGGUGAAGACGAAGAUGAGCUCGGCUGUUUGAGUUGAGUAAACUCUUCAUCUCGAUAAUCUAGUGCUCCGUUUUAAUCACAUUACGGUAAUUAAUGGAAACAUUUGCAACUUCUUGUACAGAUUUUGUAGAAAUCCGGUUAAAAUUUAUGUGACAUUUGGACGUAAACACGACUGUAUGUUCGUCGAUAAUAGAGUCGAAAAGUCGCGGCUUUACUCCUCUUCUUCGUGUUUAUAAUUGAAGAGCACUCUGUCUUCUUUUUGGUUAACAGACCUUAAAUGAUGUUUUCCACUACGAGAUAAAUAUACAUCACUAUGUAGUUCACGUGUACUUAUUUAAAUUUUGGCCCCGGAGAAAAAGUUAUUAAAUUUGAAAUCAAAGCAAAGUUUUAAAAGAGUUAAAUUGACCGACACUGAAGUCUUUAAUGAAUGAAUGAUUUAUUGAUACUUUUACAAACUCACACUUCGGCUUCACCCUCUGAAGUUUAACUGAAGCAACGAGAGACUAAAGCUGCAGAGACUCUGCAGACAACCCGUCCAGCGAUGACGUCUCUUUGGAGGCCGACCCGGACGUUAGCUUAGCUUAGCGCUCAAUCUGCAGAUUUCCAAUGGAGGUUCUGAACUGGGUUUUUACAUUAAUUAAGAAAAUAAGAUCUGUAACAAAGAAAUAUUUACACGAGAAGACAAACAGAAUAUUUGAAAUAGCUUAUUUUCUGCAUUAAUUAAGACAACGGAGGGAAGUUACAUCUCUUCCCUAAAAUGUUCCGUCCUGUGUUCAUUUAGCUUUUUCUGAAUGAAUUUCUAUGUUUACAUUUGUGUUGUUUUUUUUGUAAACGAUGUUUUAUUAGUUUCUGUCCUCGCACUGCUCUGAAGAGUUUAUCUUAAUAUCUUCCUGAAUAUCAGCGCUGUCUUCUUAAACGUUGAAGUACGGAGGCGGGACGCUCUCAGGAUCGAUCGCUGUACGUUCACUAAAGACACGUUAACGGAGAAAUGUUACAGCAUUCAUUGUUACUUUCUGAUUGUCACUGUUAACUCAAGACAACACUUUACCACGUGAGGAAAGUCGAAACAAAUCCAACCAAAAAGUGCAAAUUAUGAAAUAUUUAAAAAUACUUAUUAUCAUGCAAGAAUUAUUCCAGAGAUUUAAGUUGCAAAUGUAAAAAUAUAUAUUUGCUUUAACCAAAAUAAGAGGGAUGUUCGUCCUACAGCUUGUUAUAUUAGAUAUAAUUUAACAAAUAUUUAUAUCACUGUAUAUCAGCGGUUCACUUUGUAAAGUGUUAUUUCAAACUAGAAUGAAUCUACUCACUAAUAAGAAGGAUGGAAACAUCUGUUUGAGCAGCAGCUGGAUCCAAAACACAAAUAACUGCAAACGUAAACGUAAACAACUGCAAAACUCCAAAAAUAUUCAAUUUACUGAAGAAGAAGAGAAAGAAAAGCUGCAAAUCCUCACAACUG